UAGCAAAUUCAGUUCUCUGCUUUCUACACGGAACGGAGCUUUCAUAGAUUGUUCUGCCGGUUUCUGCAACUUGCCUGUGCUUGUGUACUGAAUGAGCUGCGAAUUUUCGCCAAUUACCGAGUCAAACCCUGCGCAAUCAAAGGCGGAAAAAAGGAUGUCAGAUUCGGUCCAUUCAAACGGAGAUGCCUCCAAACGCGCAAAAGAAGAUCAAGAGGGUGAAACGCACACCAAGAAGCACCACCACGCUUCUUUUGCUGCUGAUGACAGCAUGGACAGUGCAGCCAGCGAGCCUGAGGACAAGCAGGAAAGUGGAGAUGAAAACCCCAGAGAGAUCAUUGUCGUUGAUGAGAACACAGAUGAACUGGACAUGAAUCAUCAAAGGAUUGCCAAGAUCACCAACUUGGAGCCGUUGAAGCAACUAGAGAGACUCUAUCUGCGUUGGAAUCUGAUCAAGAAAAUUGAAAACUUGAGUCACUUAACCACCCUUCGUGAGCUGGAGCUAUACGACAACCAAAUCAUGGUCAUUGAGAACUUGGACACAUUGGUGAAUCUUGAGAUUCUUGACCUGUCGUUCAACAGGAUCCGAGAAAUAAAGAAUCUUGACGCUCUUGUGAAUUUGGAGAAGCUCUACCUCAGUUCAAACAAGAUCCAGAAAAUUGAAAACCUUUCUCACUUGAAGAAGCUUGCUUGUCUUGAACUUGGAGACAACAAAAUCAGGGUGAUUGAGAACCUUGAUGGCCUCAGUAGCUUGAAAAGCCUGUACCUUGGCAAAAACAAAAUUGCCAAGAUUGAAAACCUUGGCUGCCUAACAAGCCUCGAUUUGCUCAGUCUGCAGCACAACCGUUUGACAGUUAUUGAGAACCUUGAUCAGCUGACCAAUUUGAAUCAGUUGUACAUUUCUGAAAACGGCAUCGAGGAAAUCCAGAAUCUGGACAAAAACGCUGAGCUCUCCACUCUGGACUUGGCUCAGAACAAAAUCAAGGAGAUCAAAAAUAUCUCUCACCUGAGCAAUCUGGAGGAGCUAUGGUUGAACGACAACUCGGUGGACAAAUGGACCAACGUGGAGGUUCUCACAAGCAACAAGAAACUCAAAACAAUCUAUCUGGAGCGCAACCCUGUUGCAACUGAGACCGGUUACCGACGCAAGAUUAAGCUGACCAUUCCGUGGAUUGUGCAGAUCGAUGCGACCUUGGCAGGCCAGUAGAAAGACUGAGGCGGACUGAGGAAGAAUGCCUUGCUUGCUUUUACCAACCCAGAACUGAAUUUUACGACUGCUGAUUAGUUGCUAGUUAUCACAAAAUUUAAUUAGAAUGCUGACUGAAUAAUAGCAGUGCAACCAGUAUUAUAUAAAUUUGCUGCUUAUCUUCAUUAACUUUCUGAUUGGUUUUAACACUCGUCUUGCAAUUUUAAUUAGUUCCUUUUCUCAGAGAUCCAUUUUGAAAUUGCUUGAAUUUUAGUUAUUAUUAUUUCCAUUGCAGUCUGUCUCAUAACAUCACCGUCAAAGCCUCUCUUGAGGCAUUAAAAUGACAUUAUUUCAGUUUGCUCCUCAAUUUUUCACCCACUGCUGCAAUUCUAGAUUCAAACAUACUGCCUUAAUUUUGCGACUACAUUAUAGGAUGGAUUACGAUAUUCAUUAAAAAUUAAGAAUUAUUCCUGAUUGAUGCACCGUAAAUAAAAUCCAUACAUUUAUACUG